CCAUUCAACAUCCAAUGAAGGCCCGCCUGAAUCCUGAUCUGAUUACUUCCGGCGAAGGUUAACGUGUAAAACCUCCACGAAAAUUCUCCGCAUUCAAUUAUUCAAUUAAUUUAAUUUUUACGCAGAAACUGACUCGAAUUCAUCGAUUUUGAUCAUUUGAACUCUCUAUUCUCUAAUUUUCUUGAUUCUCUCUUCGGCUGUUUUUUCCCAUGGCGACAAGGAAUCGAACUGCACAGUUUAGAAGGCACAGGGACGCUGUGAAGAGCGUCCGUGCGCCUUUAUCUUCCUCCGCAGCUGGUUCGAGCGGGCCGGUUAUUGAGAUGGUGAGUUCAUCUCUUCUUCGUUCAAAGCGCUCUUCUUCAUAUGCUCCUCUUAGCACUGAAGAUCCAGGUCCUUCGAGCAGUGACGCAUUUAUGGUGGGUCUACCUCCAGCUUGGGUGGAUGAUUCUGAAGAAAUAACUGUUAAUAUACAGAAGAUUCGUAGGAAGAUGGCAGAGUUAGUCAAAGCUCAUUCUAAAGCUUUAAUGCCUUCUUUUGCUGAUGGAAAAGAAGAUGAGCAUACAAUUGAGGCACUUACGCUAGAGAUUACCAAUCUUUUGAAAACCUCUGAGAAGAGGUUGAAGAAAAUUUCUAGUACUGGGUCCUCAGAGGAUAUUAACAUAAGAAAAAAUGUCCAGCGUUCUCUUGCUACAGAGCUUCAGAAUCUUUCAAUGGACCUUCGUAGAAGACAGUCAAUGUAUCUGAAACGUCUGCAGCAGCAAAAGGAGGGACAAGAUGGAAUUGAUUUGGAGAUAAAUCUAAAUGGAAACAGAACUGUCCAGGAGGAUGAUGGAUAUGAUGAAUUUGGAACCAAUGAAAACCAAACGAUGACAUUAGAUGGGCAGCACAUUCAGGGAAGGGAGAAAGAGAUUAAACAGGUUGUGAAAUCGGUAAAUGAGCUCGCCCAAAUUAUGAAGGAUCUCUCAACCCUUGUUAUAGACCAGGGUACCAUUGUCGAUAGAAUUGACCACAAUAUUCAGAAUGUUGCUGCUUCAGUUGAAGAGGGCUUUAAGCAGCUACAGAAGGCAGAGAAGAGUCAGAAGAAUGGAGGAAUGGUAAAAUGUGCAACAGUGCUGGUUAUUAUGUGUUUCGUAAUGCUGGUUCUGUUGAUACUGAAGGAGAUCAUUAUGUAACUAAUGUUUUACCUUUUGGCUUAUCGCUGCUUAACAUUUUGAGAACUGUAGGCAGCCAAUCAGCAGAUGCCUUUCCUGUUGUGUAUUAUUCUCAAAGUUUUGGAAUGUGGCAUUGUAGAAAUCAUUUGCUUUGAAAUAUCUCAUUACCUUGUUCGUUUCCACAA